AUAUUCAUUUAGAAUCAUGCAAUUGAUCUUAUGAGUUGUCACUGACAAGUUUUCAAAUAACCUCUAUUAUACUGCUACAUAAAGGCAUGAAAAAUUAUUUAAAUUUCUUCUUCAUUUGUAACAAAUUCAAUUAAAAAAAUGUUUUCGAGUGGACCAAAUUAUACCAAAUUAAAAACACAUUUACGUUUAACAAUAAAUCGGCUUAAAUUGCUUGAAAAAAAAACUGAACUUGCCCAAAAAGCACGAAAAGAAAUAGCUGAUUAUCUUGCUGCAGGAAAAAUUGAAAGGGCAAAAAUACGCGUUGAGCAUAUUAUUAGAGAAGACUAUAUGGUUGAAGCAAUGGAAUUGCUCGAAAUGUAUUGUGAUCUCUUACUUGCACGUUUUGGACUUAUUCAACAAAUGAAGUAAAAUUUAGAUGAAGGUUUAGCAGAGGCUAUUUCUACGAUAAUUUGGGCUGCUCCUAGAAUACAAACUGAUGUUCAAGAAAUUAAAGUAAUUGCUGAUAUCCUAACAUCAAAAUAUGGAAAACAAUAUACAGAAGCAUGUAGAGAAGAGGCAGUACAAACUAUUUCUGAAAAGUUGAAACAUAAAAUGAGUGUGCAAUCACCAUCUAAACUUCUUGUAGAAAAAUAUCUUAUAGAAAUUGCAAAAAAUUAUAAUGUUGAAUAUGAACCAGAUCCACAGAUAAUGGCAGAGGGUCAAGAUGCUUUAUUAAUAGAUGUUGAAAAUAAUACAGAAAGGAACAAUUUAGACAUAGCUUCUGGAGGCAUAACUGUACCACAACCUGUUGGAUUUAUUGGUUUUCCUCAAGCUCCUUUAUUACCAAAUCCUAAUUCAGAAAAAGGAACUAUAGGAUUUGUAACUCCAUCAGCAACUUUAGAAAGUAAAGAUCAAAAUGUUCCUUAUAAUCCAAGUAAUGUUUUGUACAACAUUCCUUUAGAUAAUUCUAAUGGAAACAAACCUGAAAAUAAUCAACCUCCACCAUAUGAAUCAUUUCCACCUGAUUUAAAUAAACAGUCUGACCAGAAACCAAAACCUCAACCGCGAUCGAAAAUGCCGAUGAAUGAUUUUCAGCUUCCAGAUUUACCAACUGUGCCAUCGGAGAAUAAUUUACCAUCAAAUAAUCCAUCUACAAGCGAAGAUAUUGAUUUUGAUGAUUUAAUGAAACGCUUUGAAGACUUGAAGAAAAGAAAAUAAUUUCUUAGUUGUUUUAAAAUGCAUUACAAAUAUAUAUAUAAUAUAACAA